AUGGAUACAAAGGAUUUACCUAACAAUCCUUUCGUCAAAAGACACUCCGAGACACAUUUUGCUAAUAUCAAGUACGGAUACUAUGUGGUUGUAAUAUCUUUGGCUUAUGUGAUUAUGUUGGUUCUUCUAAGAACCUUCGGGACGAGGACCCCAGCUAGGUCAGCGUCACCAAUCAAGAAUAAGAUGAUUUAUCGGUUCUAUAAUAUAGAUCCCGCAUUUCAUAUAGGUAUAUUGUUUUUUGCACUUCUGGUUCCUUUCUACUACCAUUACUCUCUAAUCACCCAAUCUACGGUCUAUUUAAAAAGAUUAGGGAGGUUGAGUUAUGCGUUAAUUCCGUUAAACUUAUUCCUCACUUUAAGGCCUAAUUGGAUUCUCGGGAAAAAGUUCACUUACACUGACUUUAUACCAUUCCAUAAAUGGUUUUCACGUGUCGUCACAAUGAUUGGUCUUCUUCAUGGGAUUUUUUUUAUCAUUAAAUGGGCCAUAGACGAUAACGUUUCUCUAAAACAGAAAUUGAUUUUUAAGACUUUCAAUUUUGUGGGAUUCAUAAUAUCAAUCUUGGUAGUUUUUUUGCUCAUAUGCUCGAUUGGACCUAUGAGAAGAUACAACUAUCGUCUGUUUUAUAUUGUGCAUAACCUAGUCAACCUCGCGUUCAUAUUGCUCACCCCGAUACACUCGAGGCCGAGCGUUAAGUUCCCAUUUCUUCUACUAAACUGUAUCCUGUUACUCGUCCAUAUGAUCAAUAGAGUAAUAUUUGCGAAACCUGUAACAGUGUUGAACAAGGAUGCGAACUAUGCAACUACAAAUUUAGUUCAUGUAAGACUGCCCAGAGCCGCCCUUCCAAAGUCUUACGAACCGGGAUCACAUAUCAGAAUAAGUCCUUACAGAAGAAUGAAUCCACUUUACUGGUUAUUACCAUCACAUCCUUACACAAUUGCGUCCUUAGCCGAGGACGAUUCAAUCGACCUCAUUGUAAAGGAAACCUCGACAUCCAAGCAAGGUGGCCAGAUAGAAUCUCUUCGCAGCAAUCCGAAAUCCUUUCAUUUGGACCAAGAAAGAACUUAUACUUUGGUUAGCAGCUACCCUCCCUCUGUACCUACAAAAUGUUUCUCUCAAGGUACGAACAUAGCUAUUGUAUGCGGUGGGUCUGGUAUAUCAUUUGGCCUACCAUUAUUCAGGCAUUUUUUUACCAAAGAGGAUGUAAAAUUCCUGAAAAUGAUUUGGUUAAUAAAGGAUUACUCUGAAUAUGGACUUGUUUUAAAUUAUUUAAAGACGAAUGGGUUAGAUUUUGAAAAGAUAGGCUCAAGUAACAAGAAGUUUUUAGUAUUCAUUAGUGGAGAGUACUCGGAGGAAACGCGAUUGAACGGAACCACAACCUCUAUCGAUGAUGAAAAUUCAGAGUAUGAAAUGGGAUCUUUCAACAAUGAAGACGAAGAUCUUUCAAUUUCUAAAAAUAAUUCGAAAAAUGCUUACCGUAAUAAAUCACGGGAGACAAGUGACGAUCCCACUGGAGAGAAUGGUGACUUGAUCGAAGUAAAAUCUAAACGCUAUUUUACUCUUUUCAAUGAAUUGAAAGGCUUUCAACAAGAAAGCGCAGAAGUGAAAGAAGAUGAAACUUGGCUGUUUUCAUGUGGGCCUCCAUCGUUACUACAGUUGACUGAGAAAUAUUGUCAUGAUGAAAACAUCAAUUAUGUCUGUGAAACCUACGGAUUGUAA